AUGACGAACAAGAAGAAGAUCAAGCGCGUUGUCAAGCUCCCUGAAGACAUUAUUGUGGAAAUUCUGUUAAAGUUGCCCUUCAAAUAUUUGAUCCAAUGUAGUUGCGUUUCGAAAAAAUGGCGUUCUUUAAUAUUAUUUGACCCCCAGUUCUCCAAACCCCACUACAAAGUAGCAUCCGAGCAGAGAAGCCUUGGUCAAUCACUACUCUGUGUUUCCAGGCGAAGUAAAUUUCCGUUAAAAUGGUUUGAAAUACCAGUCUACACUAGUGAUCCAAAAUUUCAAUCCUUAGAGGUCUUGGCUGGUGACCAUGUUCCUAAUUCCUUUCUUUCCUUCCCACUCAAGGAAAAAAAAUAUGGUUCUUUACAGCUACUGGGAUCUUGCAAUGGUUUGGUAUGUUUAGGUGAAUUGUCUGCGUACGAAAGACAUUAUAAAAACGUGUGUAUCUGGAACCCUUCAACCGGAUUCAUCCGCGAAUUGCCUGAAUGGGAGAGGAAACCACAAAGUUUGCUGGAUGGAGUGAUAGCUUUUGCUAGUAGUGGUUUUGGUUAUGUUUCCGCCACCGACGACUACAAAUAUGUUGCUUUAGCUAAUGAUAUCGAUUGCUCCGAUCCACAAACACUAUCAAGGGGACCAAGGCUGACAUCUUCUCGUUGA